AUGGAUCCACCAACCGACCCAAAUGCGCCAUCAGUCAUAGCUCCGCCGGCCAGCCGUGAUGGUUUCCACAUCGCCAUCAUAUGCGCACUGCCGCGCGAAUCCGACGCUAUUGAGCUCCUCUUUGACGAGUUCUACGACGAUCACCACAAGUAUGGACGCUCUGCCGACGAUGAUAACACCUAUACUACUGGCCGCAUCGGGCAGCAUUCGGUCGUCCUUGUCGUGCUUCCUAAGAUGGGUGUCACGGCUGCCGUCUCAGCCUCCAUUGGUUUGCGCACGAGUUUUUCCAACGUCAAGCUCGCGCUCCUUGUUGGCAUCUGUGGAGGUCUACCAAGUAUCGGUGGGCAAGACGCAUUCCUGGGCGACGUGAUCAUCAGCACCAGUAUCUUUAAUCACGAUUUCGGCCGGAGCUAUACGACCGAGUUCGUCCCCAAAACGUCAAUUGAGGACAGCCUCAAUCAUGCCAACGACCACAUCCGAGGUCUUAUCAAUUCAUUCCAGAGAAUGCGCAUUCGCAGGGAGCUGCAGACCAAAGCGACGAAAAACCUGAGCCGCCUUCAGGAUGCCGCAAAACAGCACGGCGAUUCCAGAUAUAAGCAUCCCAGUAACAGCACAGAUAAGAUCUACUCGGCGGACUACGAGCACAAACAUCGCGACAAAGACAACCGCUGCACCCAAUGCGACGCCAUCCCCGCGGCCUUUUGCCCUGGCGCCGCCAAGAUGACGUGCACCCAACUCGGGUGCGAAGAGGCGCACCUUGCGCCGAGGAUGGACCGGCUAAAGAAGCGUCCAGUUGGGCUGGUACCGCAGAUAUUCUUGGGACGUGUGGCAUCGGGAAAUGCAGUAAUGAAGUCGGGCUCGCUCCGCGACGGCUUUGCCAACAAGCACGACGUGAUCGCCUUCGAGAUGGAGGGGGCUGGGGCAUGGGAAAAGGUCCCUUGCAUUGUCGUCAAGGGCAUCUGCGACUACGCUGACAGCCACAAAAACAAGCAGUGGCAGGAUUUUGCCGCAGCGACGGCGGCUUCUGUGGCAGUCGCAAUCUUUGACCGAUACGAGCUACCCGACGGUGUCUCGUCGAGGCCGGCUGCUGCUGAGGGCGGUCAACCCAUUCCCGACUCCCUUUCCCGGCCCCAGCAUGCUUUGGCUCAACCGUCUCACGCCUUCCACAACCAUGGCGGAGUUACCCACUCUGUUCAAGGAUCUACUUUUGGCGAUGGCGCUAACAUUCACAUAUCUGCUGUGUAUCACACCGCCGCACCGGAGACCCCGCCGCAGCCGUUCGCUACCAUCCCCUUCUCCCGCGACCCCGAUUUCGUUGACCGCGGCGACAUUCUCGACCAGCUUCUCCAGCGGUGUUCCGAACCGGCCGGCCGUAUGGCUUUGGUUGGCCUAGGUGGCAUUGGCAAAUCGCAACUUGCCAUCGAAUUCGCACACCGAGCCGCCGAGAAAACACCCAACAAAUGGAUUUUUUGGAUCCACGCUGGCACGCAGGCCCGCGUCGAAGAAGGCUUCCAGGCCAUUGCCGACGUCGUCAAGCUACCCGGUCGGAACCAGCCCAAGGCCGACGUAUUACAGCUCGUAUACGGUUGGCUCUCCAACGAACAGAACGGCCGAUGGACCAUCAUCCUUGACAGCGCUGACAACGGAGGCGUGUUUUAUGCGACGAACGAUGGCCGCAAAGGAAAACCGUUGGCAAACUACCUCCCACAGAGCCGAAACGGAUCCAUCGUCGUCACGACUCGCAACAGGGACCUAGCAUUCAGGCUUACAGGGGACCACAAGAACAUCAUUGACAUUAAGCCUAUGGUACUGGCCGAUGCUCUCCUUCUCCUAAAGAAAAAACUGGGCCCGCUUCCAGAUACGGACACAGCCAAAGCCCUGGUGCGGGCACUCGACCUUGUUCCCCUUGCCAUCAGCCAGGCGGCGGCAUAUAUCCAGGCAAGGUCGCCGUUAAGCUCGGUCGGGAAGUACUUGGCCGAGUUUCAAAAGGGCGAAUACAAACGGACUCGACUCCUAAGUCACGACGCAGGCGACCUUCGGCGGGAUGGUGGAGCCUCAAACGCCAUCCUUACAACUUGGCAGAUUUCCUUCGAGCAUAUCCGGUCUGAAAGGCCUUCUGCAGCCGACCUUCUUGCGCUCAUGAGCUUCUUCGAUCGACAAGGCAUCGCUUUGUCGCUUCUUAAGCCCCUCAACACCGAAAAUGUCCAGUGGGAUUCAGGGUCCGAAUCUGGCAGCAGCAGCGACGAGGCAGAUGACGGUUUUGAAGACGACGUGGCCAUCCUGCGAGGCUUUUGUCUUGUAUCUGCAAGCGAGAACGCGAGCGCUGCAAGCGAGGACGCGAAAGCGUUGGAGAUGCACGGGCUUGUACAGCUGUCGAUGCGGCAAUGGCUGGAAGCGGACGGGCUGCAAAACAAAUUCAGGCGACAGUUUGUUGAGCGGAUAGCGGCGGCGUUUCCUACGGGGGACUACAGCAACUGGGCAACAUGCCAGAAGCUAUUUGCGCAUGUCGAAGCAGCCAUGAACUGCCGACCAACUGAGGAGGGUACGCAGGAGUUGUGGGCAGGCCUCAUGUACCGCGGGGGAUGGUAUGCGUUGGAACAAGGCAGAUACGGGGCAGCAGAGCAGAUGGUGGGCAAAUCAAAACGAAGUCGUGAAAAACAAUUGGGAAAUAGCGACGAAAAGACACUGAACAGUGUGGCAUUAUAUGCGGAGAUAUUCAGGAAUCAAGGCCGGUGGCAGGAGGCUGAAAAGCUAGAGGUGGAAGUGAUGGAAACUCGCAAAACCAAGUUCGGGGUCGACCAUCCUUCAACGCUAACGAGCAUGGCCAACCUCGCGUCGACAUACAGGAAUCAAGGCCGGUGGGAGGAGGCUGAAAAGCUAGAGGUGGAAGUGAUGGAAACUCGCAAAACCAAGCUCGGGGUCGACCAUCCGGAUACGCUAACGAGCAUGGCCAACCUCGCGUCGACAUUUUGGAAUCAAGGCCGGUGGCAGGAGGCUGAAAAGCUAAACGUGGAAGUGAUGGAAACUCGCAAAACCAAGCUCGGGGUCGACCAUCCGGAUACGCUAACGAGCAUGAAUAACCUCGCGUUUACUUGGAAAAGUCAGGGCCGGCAUAAAGAUGCCCUGGCGCUGAUGAAGCAUUGCGCACAGACCCGGCAGCGAGUCCUUGGUUUAAAACACCCGGAUACUGUUUCGUCCUUGUCGGUGGUGACUGACUGGACCAGCUAGAAUAAGGUUAGGUAUUUAACGUUUGUAGCGAGUGCUGUCCCUUUUGUACCUCCCAUAGUUCAUAUUAGCAGUCCGUGUGAUACCUGCA